ACACGAUGGAGAACACAGCCAUAUUAAGUUUAUUUUACAUUUUUCCUCUUCAGUUUUACAGCCUGCAAUUUGUUUUUUCCCAAGCAAUUUAUGAGGACGAAAGUAAGUUCCAGGGACCGUUUACAAAGAAUUUGAAAUCAUCAGUAUGUGCAGAAAAUGUGCAGAAAUGUGGAAUUCGAUUACAUCAAAGCCAAGCUGUGCAACAAAACAUGUCAGAUGAAUUAUCAGAAUAUAAAUCUAAGCUAAUGGAACUGAAAGUUGUGCAAAAAGGAUUCCUGUCUUGGACUGUACAGGAUCUGUGUAGAAACAUAAAGCAUUUUAUUUUCGAAGACUUGGAACUUUGUCCUUUUUAUUACGACUGCAGCCAAAAAAAUUCUUAUCUCCAGCGCUGUCCAGUUCCUCAAAUGUUUUCUGACAUAAACUUAAAGUGUCAAGAUCCAAGCACUGUUAACUGUGGCUCUAGGUAUAUACCAGACGGACAUAUGUGCGACUUUGAAAAAAAUGAUGAGUCCAGUUGCUUCCUGGUGAAUUCAAAUUCUGAUACAUUCGACUGGACAAGGAACACGGGAUCUACAAGUUCUUCUAAUACAGGACCAAGUUCAGCAUACCAUGGAAAAUAUUAUGCAUACAUUGAAACAUCCAGUCCAAGAAAGUCAGGAGAUAAUGCAGUACUGGAAAGCAACAAAAUAUUUCAAGAUAGAACUUACUGUCUUAAUCUUUUUUAUCAUAUGUAUGGAUCUGAUAUUGGAAACCUUAUAAUCAAAACCAAAAGUGAUUAUGUACAAACUGUCCUAAAGAAAAUAUCUGGUGACCAAGGAUAUAAUUGGAAAAGAAUGAGCAGUCUUGAUAUCACUUUGAAUGAAAAUACAAAGGUUUUGAUCGAGGCUACAAGAGGCAAGGACUUUAAGGGUGACAUCUCCAUCGAUCUUGUAACCCUCUCGCCUCGGAAAUGUUAGAAGUCUUAGAGCCAAUAUCUA